CCCUAAGAAAAGAGGAAGCUGGAUAUGCAAUGCACUGACUUUGAACCAAUGCAGAAACUCUUCGAACAAGUAUCUCAAUAGCUGUUUUGGGGUUCAACAAGACCAAUGUAGAGCUAGAGAGCAGAACCGCAUUAUUGCACCGUCUGAUCUGACGUCUCUUGGAGAGUACGAUGAGGCUUUCGGGAUGCCAUUUACUCGCCGAUGCUGAUAGGUGACAUCAUAUCCCUGUGCGAGCUAAACAGGAAAAUGCUUUUGCAUGCUUGAACAGGGGAUUUACCACUUCCUCCUCCAAUACCUAUUACUUUCUGGUGAAGUGAAAGGCAAAACUGUUAUCAAACAUACUUGUUAUUCUCGGUUGUCAAGAGUUAGAAGUAGACACGUGAGGAAAAGGAGAACUGAACAGUCUUAAUUUAUUUACAUAAGCCUUGUUUAGAGCUUACACAGUCCAGAUCCCAAAAAAAUGGGGAGUCCAAAUACCAGCAACUGCGUGGUCAACGACAACAUGGUGCCCUUCGCCACCUUCUACAUCCUCAUCUUCAUAAUUGGAAUUGCUGCCAGCAUGGUGGCACUGUGGGCCUUCAUAACCAGCCGAAGUGCUAAAAAGUGCAUUAACGUUUACUUCAUCAAUCUCCUGACAUCCGACUUCCUCCUCAUGCUGGCGUUACCUGUCAAGAUCGCCAAAGAUCUGGGCAAUGAUUCAAAGAGUCUGACCAUCUUUCUCUGCCAAGUGAGUGGGCCGCUCAUCUACAUCAACUUGUACGCGUCCAUCAUCUUUCUAGCUUUUGUUAGCGUUCAGCGCUACCUCCAGAUCACUCGCAGCUCCAAACUUCUGCGAUUGCAGGAGGUGGGCUUUGCGGUUCUGAUGUCAUCAGUGGUCUGGUUCCUCGUGCUCUUCAUCAAUGUGCCUAACAUGGCCAUCCCUAUCAAAGAAAACGUCGAAGACAAAGUUGGGCUAACAUGUUCUGACUUAAAAGGCGAUUUGGGCAAGCACUGGCACGCAUUGUCUGUCUUUCUGGGCAUGGCUAUCUUCUUCAACGCUUCAGUAGCGGUGCUGUUGUCCAACGGCCUGGUCUUGAAGCAGCUGUGGGGUCGCCGUGAAUCCGACCCUGAGGAACAGGCUAAUGCCCGACAUGCCUUCAUAAACAUCGCAUUGGUGACCUUGGCUUACGUGGUGUGCUUCGUGCCGUACCACGCUGUGCGUAUGCCGUACACUUUUGCACAGAUUGAGGUCAUCACUGAAUGCACGCUGAGGAAGACUCUCUUCCUGGCCAAAGAAUCUACUCUACUUCUCGCCAUCCUGCACCUGUGCUUUGAUCCAGUGCUGUACUUCGUCAUCUGCCGUGCAUUCAGGCAUCAGAUCACGAAGGCCUUCUCAAUCAUACGCACCGUUCCAAAUGCAGAUCCAGAGUGAAACUUCCAUCGGAGGAUGAUACACACCAACUGAAUCUAAAUAUAGGGUGAAGAAAGAUUCCUGUUGAACGGCAGAUCGGUACUGUAGGAAACAAACAAAGCAGAAGACUAUGGACUAGGGGAAAGAGGAAUGCACAAAGACCUUUGGCCAAAAAUUGCACAAGAUUUCAGUUGAAAAAGUCACUGAAUUUUUUUUUUUUUUUUUUUGCAAAAUAUGUAUAUGUUUAAACAUAAGCCUUCUAAUAUGACUAAAGCUAUGAAGACGGACUGUACAAUAAUGCCCAGAGGUUGAUUAUACAGUGAUGUUUGUACUGUGUAUAUUAUGGAUAUGGCUUGUAAAUCAUCUAAGUUUUUUUUUUUUUU